GCAAGGAGAGAGGACAGUCAAACCGCUCGCUGACUGCGCCGAGUUUUAUUCCUUCUCGCCGCUCCACCACUCGCGCCCCCGCUUUCCCCCUACUUGCUGCCCUAUUUUAACCCCUCGCCCCUCUAUAAAUGGCGCCCCCUCCCUCUCUCCUUAUCCUAGACGGCACACACCACAGCACCUCGCUGAACAGAAAGAUCAGCACACACACACGCCACUUGUACACCAACCAUGGUGCCCAGGGCGGCGGAGAAGUCGCCGGUGCCGCCGGUCACCGGACUCGGUCUCGGCAUCGGCGGUGGUGCAGGAGGCGCGGGCAUGGGGCCGCACUACAGAGGUGUCAGGAAGCGCCCGUGGGGACGUUACGCCGCGGAGAUCCGUGACCCGGCUAAGAAGAGCCGCGUGUGGCUGGGCACGUACGACACGGCCGAGGAGGCCGCCCGUGCCUAUGACACCGCCGCCCGCGAGUUCCGCGGCGCCAAGGCCAAGACGAACUUCCCGUUUCCGUCCCAGUGCCCCGUCGCCACCGGCGGCGGCAGCCCGAGCAGUAACAGCACCGUGGAGUCUAUCGGAGGCGGCAGCGGCUGCGGUGUCCAGGCGCCUAUGCAGGCCAUGCCGCUGCCUCCAGCCCUCGAUCUCGAUAUCUUCCACCGGGCGGUCGCCGGCGGUGGCAUGAGGUUUCCUUUCAAGGGUUACCCUGUCGCUCGCCCGGCACCGCAUCCGUACUUCUUCUACGAGCAUGCGGCAGCUGCCGCGGCCGCCGCGGCCGGCUACCGCAUGCUCAAGGUAGCGCCGCCGGUCACCGUUGCAGCUGUCGCGCAGAGCGAUUCCGACUCCUCGUCGGUGGUUGAUCACACACCUUCGCCACCGGCGGUUACCGCCAACAAGCAGGUCGCCUUCGACCUGGAUCUGAACUGGCCGCCGGCGGCGGAGAACUAGGCCCACCGGAGUUUUUAGCUGACGACUUACUAGUUUCUCUUUUGCCUUGAGGAGUAUUACAUAUUUGUUUCGGUCCUCUUCCUGUAUUUUUGUUUAGUAGCCUGUGGGAGACGGAGGAGCCUUGUGUAAAUAGUUUUUCCGCUGAGGACGGAAUUGGUAUGAGAUCUGUUCGUUUGUCUAA